GCACCAGGCAGGGCGCCAGGCUCGGCGCCGGAUUGGGAGCCGGGCUCGGAGCCGAGAAAGGUGCUGCGCUCAGAACAGCCGGGUUGGGGACCGGACUCGGAGCGGGACUGGGAGCCGGCAAAGGCGCCGGUCAGGGCGCCGGGCUCGGAGCUGGUCUGGGGGCCGUGCUCGGAGCCGGCCUGGCAGCCGGCGCGGGUGCCGGUCAGGGCGCCGGGCUCGGAGCUGGUCUGGGAGCCGUGCUCGGAGCCGGGGGGGGCGCCGCCAGGCAGCAGUGCGCCAGGUGGGGAACCGGGCUGGGAGCCGGCCUGGGAGCCGGCAAAGGCGCCGGUCAGGGCGCCGGGCGGCGAGCCGGGCUGGGGGUUACGCUCGGGGCCGGCCUGGGAGCCGGCGCGGGUGCCGGUCAGGGCGCCGUGUUUGGAGCGUAUGACGUACACUCGGUUCCAGGGAGCGGCAGGUGACCGGGCCCUCGAGCUCGUGCUGCUCCGCUGGCUGGUACGGUCUGAGAUUGGGAGGCGUCACGAGGAGGCUGCUGAGAUCCCCCCGGACUCCUGGACGAACGGUGGUUUCGACCAGAUUUCGGUCCACGCGAGGGGGGGCGGCCACGGCUGUCCUGACUCCGCGGGCGGCUGGUGCUCUGUGGCGGAGUCGCAGCGUUGGCUGCCAG